UAAAAUGAAUAACAGUUUUCACCGAUUAAUUUUUUUUCUUCCAAUAAUAUCCCUAACCGCCUCGCUAUAUUUACAGAAUAACCCCUAAAACCCCACACAUCUAUUGUGACUCAUCAUGAUAUAAAACCCUCUCUACUCUGCCCCUAUUCCUCACGCAAAGAACCAAAGAGCGUGGUGAAUUUCUUCUUUUAAUUCGUCGGAAAAUGUUGUUUGACGGCGGAGGUAAGCCGUUUCCGGUGAUCUAUUGCGACGGUGAAACCGAAAUCAAUCUCGGAAUCCUCCAAGUGGACCCCACCAUGAAUAUCAAGACUCUUCUUUUCUUCCUCAGUGAGAAGACUAAGAUCUCGCCACAUCAGUUUUCUGUUUUUCUCGCUGAUCAAAAUAGUGACCGGAAAAUCCCUCUCACCGCUAAGGUCAACCUCGCCGCCGUAUGUUGUGACGGUGCGGCGUACUAUUUCUAUGUGAAGCGGUUUAGACGGCCUAAGAAGUCUCCGGUGAAGAACAAGAAUCUGUCCGAGAAACGAAUGCUUCAGCGUCUUGAUGGAACGAAGUUUAACGGUGUUCGGCAGAAGUUUGCGGCGGCGCCGUCGACGUCGACGACUGAAUAUGCUGAAAUGGAGAGAAGGAUGAUGAAUUGGAGGAAAGAAAGAGAGGCUUUUUUGAUUAGUAUGGGAAUCAAGGUUGAGUCUUUUAGAAAGGAAACGCUUAAAUUCCACGGUGGCGGAAGCGGUGGUGGAAGUGUCAACGGUGGUGGAAGUGUCAACAGUGGUGGAAAUGUCAACAGUGGCGAAAGUGUCAACGGUGGCGGAGGCGGUGGUGGAAGCGGUGGUGCUGUGUGUAGAGAGUGUUUGAUGGCGAGUUUGAAAGGGACUUCUGCUGAUUUCCAUUUGUGCUGUUAUGAUGAGGUAAUUGUAGGAUUCAGGACAUCGGCGGGACCGAUUUCCCGGCCGGUGAGAAAUUCCGGCGAGAAUGGUCACUGAUUUGUGUUGUUAUUUCUUCAGUUUUUCUUUCUGCUUCUCCUAUUGGUGAAAGACAGAAAUUGUGCAUAGAAAAUUAGGGUAAAUGAUCAUGUAUGGCAUGGUAUACCAUAAGUAAAGAAAGGUAUACCAUUAUGGAUUUUGAUUGUUCUUCUAGACAUCAUAAUAUACUAUUACUAUUAGACCGUUCGAUUUAAACUGUGUA